UGGCAGGGGGGUUGGACCGAUGAUCUUUCGAGGUCCCUUCCAACCCCUUCAAUUCUGUGAUUGUGAUAUUCUCGUGUUACCUAAACAUUUCAACUAUGUCCAGGUCUAAACUUUCCCAUCAACUACUACGUGCUUCAACCACUGAAAAAGCAUUUAAGGAACCUACUGACCUGCUUGUGCUGUUGUGAACUGGUGUGCUUGCCUCUGGCAAUAGGAUGGAGACUGAACCACAGCUUCCUCUUGCUCUGCUUGCUGCUUUUAAUUAUUUGUAACCGCUUUUUUAUUUUUAAAAAAAGGCACACUCCUAAAGUCAAGUUCUUAUUUGCUUAAUGUAACCCUUUCAUGUGGGCUCUUGAGUCAUUUUUUACUUCCUAUUUCGGUCUUAUUAGUGUCACAUUGACUAGCUUUCAAAACCUGAUUCUUUGAAAUCAAGACUCUCCUAAAUUGGUCAUAAUCUAUAUAGAGUUGAAGGUGGCUUAUAAAGCUUGACAAAUUCCUGUGGCAUUGUGAGUACUUAAAAGGAGGGCCUCGUCCGUCUUGUGAUAUUUCAGAAGGUUGGACAGUUCUUGGUGCGAAAUACCAAGAAAUCAGGAUUGUGUAGUAAGCGGUGAGGACUGCAUUACUGCUCCUUGGGAACAAUCACAGCAUUGGCAAGAGCCAAGCCUCUGGGGGUUAACAGCUUGCUCAAGCACCUGUCUUGCUUGCCUCUUUCCACAGGUGGGGCAGGAAGGGUGCUGUGUUCUCUCAGGUUUCCCCCUGGAGUGCUGGCACCUGUUGCAGGACCUCUCCUUCUGGGCUGCUGCAGUUGCUGUCCCGACAGGAGAUGGUCUGCCUCCUCCUCCUGAGGUUUCAGAUGUGCAGGGAAGAGAUGAGUGUCCAGCUGCUGGGCAGCCUAUGGCUGAGGAAGAUUUUUCUACCCUUUAAACUGUUAUAAAAGCAGAUGCCCUGCUUUAAAAACACACAACUCCUUUUCCUGACCAGCUGGUAACUAAAUAGGCAUGACUUCCUGUCUUCAUUGUGAUUUCUAGAGUGCUUUGAGUCAGAUUGUGCCAAGCUUAUUCAAUAUAAUGCAUAACUUCAAAAACCAAAUAAAUGUAUUGGAAUAGCCAUGAGAAUUUUUUUCAUUAAAGUACAUCUCCCUGUAAAUAAGUUAUUAAUCUGUAGGUGGCUUUGGCAGCAGCCAGUAUAGUGAGAAGUGCAGCUGUUGAUGAUGUUACAAUGUAGGGGUCUCCUCUUUCAACUUCCUAGGACAUAGCUGUACCGCAUGUGACGCGGGUGGACUCUUGUCCAGGAUGCCACUGGGAGGUUUUGUGGAGCUGUUGGAGUCACCUGAGCUCUGCUGCAACCUCAGACAAACCACAACACUCAGCUAACAGGUCUGGGGAUUACCUUAAGAAGCCUGUCACAGGGAAGGGAGCUGUUUCCUGUUACAAAAUCUGUUGCACGCAGAAGCACUUGGAGCACUUUCUGAUCUCUUUGCGCUGCAAAUGUUUCCAUCAGAGGACGGAUAGUCACAAACAUGCGCUGUAUAGAUGUAUUACUAGCCAUAUCUGCCAACAGCUUCUUAGGCUAUAUACAUUAAACAUCAGUGGAAAUCCAAUAUUUUUAAAAUAUGAAAACUCUGCUAGCUGUGUGGUAUUGGUAGGAAGAGAACUAUAGUAUGAGGUGCCUUUAUGGUGGCUUCUGCUUUUGCCAGCUUGCCAUGUGAGAUGAGAUGGAACAGCUUAACAAGCUUCACUUAAUUGGUACAAACAUGUUCCACUUCAUUUGGAACAAUUAAAGUGUAGAGGUCUGACCACAAACUGCUGUGGGUAGGCAGCCACCAAGCAGCAUGUCUCAUCUCGUGGAAACCCUGAGUGUCGAACAGCAUCAGGUACUGCUAAGAAACUACGGGGGUUUGCAUCAGCUUGAGAAGAGUUAAUGUUCCCAGGCCUUGUUUAGCUAACAUGUUAGCUUAGGAAAGGAUGGUGAAAAUCAGGAAUUUUUCCCAUGUAUUCCUCGAUUUGAAAAUGAUAAUCUUAAAAGCUGCCAAGGAGCUUUCUGCUGCUUUACUGCUGUUUCUCAUACUGGCUCUAUGGCCUGGGAGCUGCAAAUGGUCUCAGCAUGCUGCUUUUUGUUAGUCUCUUACUAAGUUACAGGUGGGAGGUAGGGCUUUUGAUGAGGAAUGGACAUUAAGUUAAUUCUGUGCCUUCUGGAGCUAGCAAUGGAAAAUGUUUGCCACCCUGAGGGUAUUUUUUUCCUUUGUUAGAUCUGGUGGCUGGAGGCUACGUCCAGCUGCUUGGGUCCUCUACAAAGUCACCGAGAACAAGAAUCCCUGUCUGUGACUUUUCAGGAAAAUAUCUUGAAGCAGUAAUGAAUCUCUUUUAUUAGCCAUAACUUGACACGGUUACUGCUGAAAUUUCAGGGUUGUACACACAGCCCAGAAAACUACCUGUAGCUCAAGAUUACAUCUCAGAAAUGUCAGCUGCAGGUCCCUCAGUGUUCUGGAAGUUUGGCUGAUGUGGGACAUGGGUGUGGAGGUGUCUGUGUAAUGAAAUGGGACAUACAUGGCUGCGGGCAGCGCAAAUGCUGGGGGUGCUGAAUUUGCUCAGCGAUGCAGAGCUGAGGGGUGAGCCUGGUGGAAGUUGGUGAGGACUGGUAGAUCUCAUUUUAUUUUUUUAAUAGGCUGAGAAUGGCUGUUCCCAAGGAGGAGUAAAAUGGUCAAAUACCGACCCAGCCACGUAGGCCAGCAGAACCAGCUGGCAUUUUCCAGGGCUGAGGCUGGCUGAUGCGCUGGCAAUGUGAGGCAGAGUGUCGAUCCCAUGUGAAGGGUUUGUGAAUGCAGUUAUUGACGGGAAAUCAACAUCUGUGUGUUCGCUGUGGUCUUCCUCGCAACCUCUGAGCGGCCACAAAAGCUUGUUCCAUUUUCUCUCAUGACUAAGUUAUUGUACGUUAUUUAAUAACCUGCUUUUUUUCUUUCCUGUAUAUUCAAGCAAUUGAUCCCAUUACCUCAUAACCUCUGUACUUCAUUUCCUUUCUUUUAUUACAGAUGCAAUCAAAAGAAAUGAAAUCUUACUCUGCUUUCAAUCGUCUUCUCAGCUGCUUUGGCUGUUUCCCCUGCUUGAUUCUCUCCUGCCUCAGGUCCCAGACAGAAGGGCCCUGCAGAGCCCUGUACCUCUCCUGCUGGACCCAGGGCUGCUGCCCACUUGCUGGGAUCACGGUGUAGUUUGCACGUGUUUAAUGAACAAGAGAACAACAAAACCUCUUGCUUGCUGGAAGAGGGCCUUAAUAUGGCAAUGCCAGGCCAGAGCUUUCAGAGAUGGGUUUUGAAAUCUGCUCUUGUGUGAACAUGAAUGUCUCCCUAGUGGGCUGUGGGCAACAAGGCCACAUCUUUACACGUGCCUCAUGCUUCUAGCAAAGAGUGGCCGUUGAGGAAAUGAAAAGCAUCACCUUCCCCUGGGAAAAUGGAGCUGUUAAAAAACAUGUAAUAAAGAAACAACACUAAGAUGUCAGCGCUCAUCGCAAGGUCACAACUUGUGGGAUGCUGCGUGAUGCUGGGGCAGGAACGGCAGCUGGGCUCCAAUCCGUGAGCCUUCCACUGCCCUCCUACCUUACUGGAAGCCCAAAGGGGCUGUGCAGGAUCCUCAGGGCUGACAAUUAUCACCUACGUGGGCUGUUAAACCAGACCACUGCCUAUCUCAAGAGUCAGGGCAGUGCAGGGCUGGUGAGACCUUUGCUCAAUGGCAGAGAUCUGGUACUGCUGGGUGAGUUCUGGUGUUUUCUGCACCCCUCGAAGGCUUCAAUGGGUGAAGAUACUGUUAUGUCUGGAGGCAGUUAUUCCCAAGCAUCCAUUCCACUGUUCAGUCAAAAACGUAAUCCUUUUUUGUUAUAAAUGCUAUCUCCUUCAGCUUUGGCUUCCAGUUAGUGGCUCUGGAAAGGCUUUUUCUGAGAUAAGAGCCCUCCACUGAUGGAAGUCUCGUCUCUCUUUACGGAUUUAUGUGCUAUCUGUCCAUAACACUCUGUUCUUGAAUGAACCAAGGUGAACAAACACUUUUGCUGUCUGGCAGUUAUUGCAGCUCCUUCCUGAACCCCUCUGAAGCUGAAUAUAAACUUGUAACAUGAGUUGUGGGACUGUCUGCAUCUUCCCAGUUAGCCUGGUGCUAUGUGUAAGCUCAGACCCAUGGACCCUGUGUGCUUUCCCUGCUGCAAGCUCGCGUCCAGCUGGGCAGCCUCUGUGUUGCUUUCAGACCUGUGGUUUAUUUCUAGGAUGUUAUUUGCUAUCUAAAGAGUUUGAUCUGCAGUCUGUGUUCCUAGACUUGUUUUCUUCUGAUUGAAUUCUCUGUUCUUGUGUUUUUUUUGGCUAUGUCUUAUCAGUUAUUUUAAUCUGCAAAUAUUACUUGCAGUUAAUAUAAUUAUUUCCCAGCUCUGGGGGAAAGGUGUUCAAAUAGCACUGUAUAGAGGACAAUGCCCGGAGUGAAAUCAGAAGCCUUUUCGUGGAUGGUGCUCUGCUUACUGUUUCCAAGAUACCCAUUAGGGAGCGUUAAUGGGGUGCAUCUCUCUUGCCCUGUGUGGCUGGCACUUAGUGGUUUUGUACUAAUUGCUUCUCCUGGCUUUCGGGUUAAUGUUCUGAAAACAACACACCCUUGGCUUUGAAUGCUGUCUUUCUGAAUGUUUCUUAACCACUUCUUCAGUUGUUCUUGGGUGUAAUUUAUGCAGCCUUGUAGGCUUUCAAUACUUGCUUUUUAGCAUUUCCAAUAGUCAGUGUUAUAAUAGGAAAUAUUUGUUAAUUGCUUUCAGAUGUGUAUCUGUCCAGAACCUUGAUGAGUCUCCCUCCUAUGCAGCGGCUCACACUGAACUUAAUUGUAUUUUUCUGUCAAGUAUUAGAUCUAGAUCAUUAUCCAAGUUCUGCUUUCCUUGAUAUAUAUAUAAAAAAAAUGCAUUAUUUUGUCUUUAAACCUACUGAUACGAACUUGUAUCUGUAUUUCUUAGCUGCUGCCUGAUUCUAAUUGCUGUCAGUACAAACUUUAGCAUAGUGCUGUGUAUUGCUAAUAAGAACUCCCACCUUUCCUCUGGGGGUAAGGAGAGAUGGAGGGAAGAAUUCUUCUGAGCAAGUUAUUUUUUAUCUGUGUAACCAUUCCUUGCGUUUUUGCUGAUUUUUGGCAUACAUGAUCCUCUGAUAAAGGAUAGGGAAAGUGUUUACAUUUGGAAAUCUUCUGGCAGAGAGACAAAUAAGACACCCCUUUUGUCCUUAUGUCCUUUUUCACUGCUCAGCUGUCCCUGACCAGUAUUUUGGGUGAGAACAACCUUGCCUAAAUUUUGGCUCCUGGCUUUCAUUAAUUCACCCACCCAUUAAAGGAAAAAAAAAAAAAAAGCAUCUUUAUGAAAAUAGGAAGCAGUGGGUGACUGAUAAGUGCGCUUGUGACGUUUAAGAGAGCCUGCUCGUGUGCCCACAAUCCCACCAGGAUGAGCUGUCUGUGGUGAAAUGUCAGAAAAAGGUGGGGGCUUAGCCUGGAGGGUGAAGACCUGUAAAUGUCCCCGUGGAGGAGAGGCAGAGGUGACCCUGUUUCAUGAGAGUACUUGGAGACCAAGGAAGUUCUGGGCUUUGGUCCUUGCUCCCUGGGCCAUUACUGUAUUUUAUCAGCAGUUGAGGGGUUCCAGUGGUGUGCAUGGUCCAUGUUGGGGGGGAAAAAAAAAAAAAAACACAGGUAUGGUGGUGCCAUCAUCCUCGUUGUUCUGAGAUGGACUAUGUUGAGGGUAGGCAUGACCAGGCGUGAACUGCUGGAGGUGGAUUUUUGCUACUUUUGUGUCUAGAAACCUAGAAGUACAAGGAAGACGCAGACAGGCUGCUGAAACUAUUCAUGCUGAGGAUCAUCACUUCAGCAAGCGGCUGUGGUGAACAUCUUCAAAAAGCAGUGGGGUGGCUGGUGGUGCAGGGCUUUGAGGGCACAUCUGACUGUUAGAGGUGCGGUUGGAGGCACAGCUCAGCCCUUGCUUUGGAGAAACCAGUGUGCAUAUGUUGUUGAAGCAUGCUGUCCUCAAACUCCAGUUUUUGAUGUUCCAGAUCAAAGCCUCUGUGUUGGGGCUGCUUUCUUCAGCCACAAGAGACAAAACUCCAGUUUGUUCUUGCAUUAUGCAUUUCCUUUGUUCAAUACCGUCCCCCUACAAGUACACACACUUAUGUCUGUGAAAUGGAAGAGCAAAUUGCUAUGGACAGUGUUUUGAGAGUGCCUGUAAAUCUAUGGGAAAUCUCAUUGUCACCACUUAGAUAUCUGUGGCCAACGAAGCCUUAAAUUGAGAAAUAAAAAUGUUCUUGUCUCCUCGUGGUUUUGUCCUUGCAGCGUGGCCCAAACUCUGGAUCCUUUCUUGAAAGGUAAGAGAAAUUCUAUGAAGGUGUGUAGCUCAGCAUCUACCCCAGGUUUAAUCAUGAGUCUCUCACCAAGGUUAGGCCCUGCUGCAGCACUCACCAUUGUCAUGAAGAGAAGAUUUAAAAAAACAAAAAAAAAAAACAAAAAACACAACAACCCUUCCCUCUCUAAUGCUUCAAGAGGGGUGUGGGAUUAGAGAGAGUAUUUGCAGAGGUAAGUGUGGCAGCAGAAGCUGCUGGAAGAGCCUGCUUUUGCCCCAGGGUGAUGUUUCUGGCAUUACAGUGCACUGCUUGCUCAGUCUGGCCAGUGCCCCCCUGUGAUUUGGUGUGGUGCAGGCAGCCCAUGGCGCUGGAUGUGCUUAGGCUGUUAGUGCUGGGGCAGCUCUGCUGAGGCUGCAACACCAAUAUCUUCCUCUUGUCAAUUGCAUUGGUUUGCACAGCGGGAUGGUGUCUGGAACCAGGGUGUAUGCGAAAUUAUACCCAGGAUCUGUGCCAUAGGGUGCAGACAAGGUGGGAUACAGUGGAGAGCAGUAACUUGUCCUCUGUGAAAUGAAGCAACUCUUGAGUGCCUGCAGAUGUACUUGGGAUCAGGUCUUCAUCCUUCUGCCAAGGGGAUUGUCCUCAGCUCUGCCUCAUGUGCAGGGUGCCAGAAGCAGAAGAGUCUUUGUCGUUCCCUCUGCUCGUGGUGCAGGACACCGCAGUGGAAAAGCAGCUGCCUCUGCCUGAGUGGGCUGCUGGAAAGGGUGGCUGGCCAGUGGGUGUGCGCUGGGCUUGAUUACUCAGCCCCUGGCUGCCAGCACAGCCCUCGGGUGCGCUGCUAGCACUUUGCUGGGUACACCUGCUUCCCGAGGCUCGUGUUGUGCGAGCGCCGUCUGCCACCAGCUUCGUCCUGCUGUGUGUGUGUGCUGCUGCAGUGUGGGAGGAGCAGGCGGAUGCCCCGAACUUGCAGACGAGGGCGGAAGCUUUUGGGGGUUUGCUGUUUCUGCUUGAGGCUUUCAUAGAGUUUUGCAGCAUUUGAGCUGGGUGUUCACUGCUGGAGUGAUGCAGGCAUAUAAAAGCAGAGCUGGGUCUUCCCCCAGGGCUCAGUCUGGGCCAGCCCCAGCAGUUUUUGGCUGCCACAUGGAAGAUCACGCAAAGCACGUCCAGCCCAUCCCACUUCCAGCCAUGCAGCAGAAUCUGAACUAUAUGUACCCACAAAUAUUUUGGGUGGACGGCUGUGCCAACACCAGUACCUCCUGCCCUCCGGCACCCCCUAUUGCUCCUUUCCCACCACCGGUACCUGAUCGGAGGAGAAAGCCAAAGAGCAACAGAGAAAGGAGCAGCAUCGGCUUCCUGGUCAUCUCUUUGCUGAUCCUGAUGGCCCUCACUGGAGUGGGGCUGAGCAUGUUUCAGAUUUUCCAUCUGGAGAAGCAACUGGCAGAGCUCAGAGAGUCUGCCAGCACUGAACACAUCCCUCCAGCUCUGGAGAAGCUCAUAGGGCAGGAGAGACAGGCAGCGAAAAAGGAAGUGAGGAAAGCGGCACACUUAACAGGAAACCCCACACAGCGGGACCUCCCUUUGGAGUGGGAACCCAUCUCCGGCCACGCUUUCACUAAUGGCAUUCAGUACCGCAACCAGGGCCUCGUGAUCAAUGAGACUGGCCUGUACUUCGUGUACUCCAACGUGCUCUUCCGGGGAAGCACCUGCAGCAGCCAGAUGUUGAACCACGUCGUCUACAAGACAAAUCCGACCUCGCCAGGCAGCCACGUGCUGAUGGAGGACAAAUACAUCAAUUACUGUGCAAAUCAGAAAAUGUGGGCCCGGAAAAGCUAUCUGGGGGCUUUAUUCAAGCUCAGGGAGAGGGACAGUCUAUAUGUCAAUGUCUCCAAAAUCUCUCUGGUUAGUUUUGAGGAAUCCAAGACAUUCUUUGGCUUAUUCAAGCUUUAAAUGGCACUGUUGGAGCGUGGCUGGCAGCCCCCCUAACUCUCCCAGGCAUGUGCAGGAGGUAAGGGCUGUGUGAGAGGCAGCAGCCCCAUGCCAGGCAGGGUUUCUUGCUAGGAAGAAGGAACCAUGUUAUGGCCUUCUGCAUAAGUGGGCUCAAGUGACUGGUAAAAGCUCUAAACCAGGCCUCUGGGAAGCACCUAGGCUGUCCUGUGGUGACCUGAAGAGAAUCACACAUUUUUCUGCUCUGAGUAAAACAACAAACCAAAAACGUAGAGCAUCAAAGAUGCUGUUGAAACUCACUACUUGCUCAAGAAGGCUGUGCUACCUGAGAAGGUGCUGGGGCCUCAACGGCUUUGGCUUACAUGUGGUGUUGUGCCCCAGGGAGCUUGGGCCAGCAUGCAUAUGGGGACAGCUGGAUGGCAUUGAGGAGGCCCCUCAAGCUUGGACCAUGCCAUGCCACACCACAGGUGGUGGUGUUAGAACAAACUCAGGCUCCUUGCCCCAAGCAGUGGCUGCCCGCCCUGCCUGGGCAUUUGGCACUGUAAUUGCUGUCUGACAGAUAUCCACCUGCCAGGUGGCUUGUUAAGUGUGAUAGAUUUGUUUUUGUGUUAAAUUAUGGACUAUUCCCUUUCCAGAUAAUGCUUCCAGCCCCCUUUAUUUAACUUGCCCUGACAGCCUCACAAGGAAUGUUCUGGAAGUGGUGGCGCCAUGAGGGGGGUCCCAGCCCUGCUGAGAAACCAUGAUCUGGCUGGUUCCUCUCCACGCCGUGGGGCUGUGGGGGGAUGGCUGGGGGGCCAGGUGCCCCCCACAUGUCAGCCCCACUCACUGACAAGACCUGAGCAAUGUGGCAGUGGAGGACGGUGAAGCCUGAGGUGAAAACAGUGGCUCCAGCCCCUUCCUGCCUUUACGGUGCCUCAGGCCCUCUGUGGAGACCUGGCCCUGGCUGCCACUUGCGUGCCCCCCUGUGAGUGUCUCCUGAGCAAAACAGGGAUGGUAAAUAAAGAUAUAUUUUUCUAGAAAAUGGCACUGUCCUUUCAUUUGGCCCUGAAGGCCUUUGGUCAGGGUCUGGGACCCUGCUCCUUCUCCAGCACCGUGGCAGAAACCUGGCAGCUUGCCUCCACUUUACUCCCUGUCAUGGAGCUCUGGGGCAACCAAAAUGCUGGAUCAGGAAUGAUGAGGUGGGCAGCUCAGACUGAGUAGCCCAAGCCCUGUUUGGCUAUCAGGGAGGGGACUAAUCUAGAAAUUCAAGCUUGAGCUCAGGUGGUGGGAAACAUUUUGAGAAGACCCCCUGUGCUUCUGAAAAAUUGUUUUGGGUCUGUUUUGUGAGCUCUGUUUUGGAUGUGGUGGCUGGGAGCUCUUCCCUGCGUGCUGGAGAUGGUGUGCUGUGGUGUUUGGAGCUGGAUACAAGCCUCUCCCCUGUCCCCAUCUCAUCUUUCCUCCAGGUCUCAGCUAGGUGUGGAAGUGCUUUGGAAGCAGGUCGGUCACUUAUUGCUGAGCACAAGUGCUGCCAUCCCCUAAAGCACCAAUGCUCCCUCAUGUGCCUGCUGGCCCCAGCAGCACUUCACGUGGCAGUGAGAAGGGCAAGAGAAGAGGUGGUGCUUGGUGUCGAAUAGCAUUCGCUGACUCCAGUGCCCAUGAAGUGGCCAUGAAGCUCUUCCCUUGCAUGUGUUAACCUCAGUGCCACCUGCUGUGUUGCUACUGGGCAGUACAAAAAGGCUGUGGUGCCUCACUUUUUGCCUGUUGUCCAGGCUUCUUGUAACUCUGAUGUGGUCAUAGCAGCACACAACACUUAUUUCCUUUUCCAGGGUGCUGCUCUCUGCUCUGUGGUGUGUGGCCUGUGGUCUGCUGUUGCCUGAGUGAGGUGAACACUGCACUUCUCAUACAGCUGCUCCUACAGCACUCAGAGCUUUCCAUUGCAUUUCUCAGGAAGCAAAGUGCCUCUAAAGGUCAAAGAUAACCGUUUAGGAACCUUUUUGGUUGGCUGUUUCUUUCCCACUGCCCUACCUCCUCCUGUUAUCAGAGGGACAAACCACACAGUGCAGGGAUAGGGGUGCUGGACCUGGACCUGUCCCGGAAAGGCUGGAAGUUUCCAUCCCCUUCAGAUUUCUGUUUACACUGUGUUGCUUUCUAGACAUCCAGCUGGGGGGUGUGCAUCUGUAUGUGCAUGUGCCUGUAUGCUUGCAGCUAUUUCUGCAGCAAAACUAGCUGAGCACAUUGUGUGUUUCCUUUCUUUGCUGGCAAGCAGCUCAGAGACACAGGUCAUUCAGCACCCAAAGGAAACUGGCGCCGAGGCUAUGCACUCGGCUAGUGCUGUAGUAAUGAAGGGCUGGAAAACUCCCAAAGUUUUGUAUAAAUCAGUACAGAUUAGCUCAUCUGGCCUCAGUGUAAACUCUGGGGCAGGAUGUGGCAGUUGCUAUUGAUGCACAUCAGGAGGGGGCAAGGAUCCGUUAGCCUUUUUAUCUGAUGUGCUGAUGUUUGAGAUGGUGGCAUGGGGAGGUGGACAGUGAUGUUAUAAAUAGCGCUGGGGUCUCUCGAGGUGGACAGAGCUGCCUUUCCUUGCAGUACUAAGCUAUGUACUUUUAGCCUUGCUCCUGAGUCAGAGAGUGGCUGUCACUGUGCUGAGUCAGUGGCACUGAUGCCAGCAGCACACGUUUCUGUUUUGCGAUCCUUUUCUUAAAUAAUGUUCCAACCUGCCCGGAGAAAAACCACUGCUUAGCUUGUGGGCUCUAACUAAAGAUUCAAAGUAAGAUCAUGACAGGAUCAUACGACUUCAAACUGCACAGAGUUGAUUCAAAGAGCGCAUAUGCCAGAGCAGUGUUAUUGAAGCAAUCUGUUUAAUUAACAAUCUAGUGAGCUAUUCAUUGAUUGGAAUACUUGCUUAAUGUUAGCAUUAAAUACUCGAUGAUUAUUUAAUGUCGACAUUGUUAAUACUCCUGUGACCGCUUAAAAUUAUUUGAUAAAAAUAUUCAAACAAUUUAAAUUUAAUUUAAAAUGCUCCACAUAUUUUGUUCCCUUCCCAGCAAGGGGAUGUCUGUGACUGAAAGGCUUUUCCAGCUGUCUUGGCAGGGCUGACCAUUGUGACAUUUUCUUUCCUGUUUGAGGAAGUCAUUCUUCCUUGCGGGUCAUGUUUCUGGAUUGCAGUGGUCUAAGCCAAGCUCCUCUCUCCUGAGGGAACGGCCUGGGCCAUAUGUGGAGGUACCCUGGAGCUUAGGCAAUGUUUUAACAGUGCUCCAGGGAGCUGCUCCUCUGCGGAGAACGUGGCUGACAAGAAGUGACAAGCCCAGAGCGAUCUGCUGAUAAGUUUCUGUUCUGCUCCCAACACCUGGCGGGCUUUCUGGGGUUCAGAGCCUUUCUUCCUAGGCACAGGCGUGCUUUCCUAUGUGAUCUAGUUCAGACGUGAGCCAGCGGGUCUGUUGCAGGCACACCAAAUCUCAUGAGCAGCCUAACCCUUUACAGGUGAUGUCUGUGUGUCUGGGGUGUGCAGCUGGCCAAACCUGCAUGACAGAAGCAUUCAUGCUGCUAUGUGGCCGAGCACAGUGAGCUGCUUGAGAGAGAUGGGCUCGUCUGUGGUUGAUGCGUAUCAGACGGCAUGCUCUAUUUACCAUGGUAGAGGAAAGGGGAGGGCAGUGUGCUAGUGUCUUUGAAACCUUGGGCAGGUUCUGAAUAUGUGCAACAACUAAAGUGGCAGGAAGGAAAGGACUGUACAGAUCGGGUCUUUGCUUCUUCCACAGUAAAAGUGCAGUGGAGAUGAGGGGAAGCCUGGCAAGCUCUAAGAGACACAGGAUAAAUAUAAGAGGUGAGGUGAGCGAUGAGCAGGGCAGGGUUGGGUGCACCUCCUGUUGCAGCUCAGCUUUCCCCCAACAGAGAAACUGCCUUCAGAGAAGGAGAAAUAAUCCCUGGGCAGCUAUGGCCAGCAUCUUUCGUAUCCGACAUAUCAAUAGUGCAUCUGUGUCGUCUUUUUACCAACUCACGGUUACUCAUGAUGGGGAGGAAGGUCACUGGCACACAGUGAAGGCUUGAAGGGCAUCUGAAACAUGGAAGCAGAAGGAGCUGCUGCUGGUCUACAGCUGAUCCCCAGCAUGUGCUGAGCCAGCAGAGACUCAGACACAUGAAACGGUGCCACAACAUGGAGCGGCUCUCAGCAGGCUCACUCAGAUAUGCAUCUUGGCUCAGAAACCACACAGCUUAGUCGUUGUAGCUAGCUGUUAAGAUGUGUUAUAUAUGACUGUUUCUGCAGCCCUCCAAAGAAGAGUGAGCAUGAGUAAGAAUGGAAGAACUGAUAUUUCUGAAGCCACUCUUGAGUCCCGUGACUUCAGAGAGAGCCUUCAGUUUGAUCUGACAAGCUUCAUUCUUGUUGCUUUUUUUGUGUGUGUUAAUGUGUGUGUGUGCUUAUUCAUUUACCUGAAGACAACCUUAGGGUUUCUGAGUUUCUGUUACAGUAUCUUGUGGGGUUACUCCCAGGUCAUGGAACUGUAAAGAAUCUGCAAGCUAGCUUUUUACUAGGCUGGCAAGGAGUGUUGUUCAGUGGUUAGAGAGCGGAGGAAGGAAGGAAGGCAGGGAAGCUUAAAUAUUACUAUUAUUUUUCUAGUGCUCAGAAAAGUAGGCAUGUUACAUCAUGGUUACAAAAGUGUAAUUUUAGGCAUGACUAAGCGACUGAGGUUUAACGCAAAAGAGGAUGAGGUGAGUAAGAAGAGAGGACGAGUUUGGAUGCAAAGCGAGGGAAGUUACUUAGGUAUUUGUGCUUUUUAAAAGACGAGGAAGAAAGGCAUGACAAUUUGUUGCUGAUUCAUCUCUUGGGGUAAUGAGAGUCAAAUAUUCCAUUCCCUACAGAACUGAAGCCCUGAUAAUCACAAAAUAGGACUGCAUUUUGAGGUGCAGGAGACUGCUGGCAGCAUCUGCAACAGUGUCCUCCGACAGCUAGAGGUGCAGAGCUCCCUGGCCCCUGCCUGGGGUCUGACCAACAGCACUGCUGUUGGAUCCCACCAAAAGGUACUGGUCUGGCAGGUGAUUACCCAGGCCUGGACAUCAGCAGUCAUGGGAACAGGCACAUCAGCUUUCUGUUGUGAAUUCUUUCUUUGAAAAUAAGCUUCUCUUUGAUUUGGGUAGCAAAGAGAAAGUUCUGUGUGGAAUAAUAAACACUGUGUUUUUCUCUGCCUCUUGUCUCACUAUUCCACAGCACGCUCUGUAUGGCUCACCCCUCUCUAAGGAGAAUAAACUCCACUUUGCAAACAAUUUCUAUUCUAAAUCACAGAGAAGUUUGCAUCUGUCACUCUGCUUCCCCUUCUCUACAGCUAGUUUCCUUUACCAACAGCUGAAAGUCUCCUUGCACAGUUUUCUUUUGCCACUGGGGAUUCCUCUGGUUCCCCUUUAUCCAGUCAGUCUUAGGGAGUGAUAGCCUGCUGGCCAGAUAAUUCCCUAGGACACUCAGCUUGGAAACUUGAGCUGGCCUGGGGAGUAGCUGGGCUUUGAGCCACCUGAAUGACUGUCAUUAAAACAGACUGUGCUCUCCUGAGCUGUAUGCUGGGGAUGUGCAUUCCACCUGGCAUAGCUCAUGAGAUUUUUGUUAACACAGAGACAAAAGAUUUCAGAAAAGUCACUGAGACGGAGAUUUUUCCCUUCUAAUUUAAACAGUCUUCAAGCUAGCUGUUCAUGUGGGAGGUUGGAUGGAUAUGAAGUUCCCAAAGCGGGGUUCAAUCUGUUUAUGGCUGUUGCAGAUCUUGUCUAUCAGUAGGUCAGACAAAAGAAAUGGUAUGAGCUGCCACAGUCUCAGUACAGCUCUAAAGGACAUGCUGAAAGAGUGACUUGCUGCUAUUCUCUCUAUCCGUGCUCCCUGCUGAGGCACCUGCAUGGAGAACAGAUAUCCAAGAUUUGCCUUUCUUUAAAGUCCUGGAAAAGAAAUCCAAAUCACAGAAGAUCAAGAAUGCUUUAGCAGCAAGAGAAUGUAAUUUGCUCUAAUUCCCUGCUUGGUUUCAACAGGACAGAACCAGGAGAAAUUCAGCCUAUUCAAUAAAUAUAUCACAUUCCUGUGCUUGGUUUGGGAAAGGGCAGGUUGCCUGGUUAGUUUUUAAAUAAGCCCAGAAGUGCACUGUUGCAGCCCGUGCAGUGGUCCUUGCCGUUGUGCUCUGAAAUCAAUCCUGUGAGUCCUUGCCACUGAGCAGCCCUGCCGGGCUGUGUGGGGCUUUGCGCAUGCAUUGUUUUGCUGCUGCGAGCUAAUUUAAGGCUUGGUGUGGUAGGGAGUUGUUGUGGCUUAGUGAGCUACUCGUCUCUUAGCAGAGCCGUGGCCGCUGGAAACAUGAAAGAGUUGUCAGCCUUUGAAGUUCUGGGGGUUGUUUCUGCCUCUUGCCCACAGCUGCACUUGCUUAAUUUAUCUGAGUUCCUAAGGACUCAAGUGCAGAGCUUUGCAAGGACUCUUCUAUCACCCUACUCUAAAUUUGCAGAGAGGGUAGGAAAUGACCAUUUUGAAGGCUUGCUUGAAAUUCCCUACUCGCAUCCUGCAGAGACCCUGCCUGCUGGGAUGGAGAAUGUGUCAGGCAAGGCUGUUUAAGAAGAGAAGAGGACAGUAAUUGCUUGAUCCAGCUGGAAUCACCCUUAGGUAUUGCCAGGUCUGCACGUGGAGCUUGUCUCCUUCCCUGCCCUGGUAGUAUUUGUUUUAUCUUCAUAUGCAUUUUCUUCUGCACAGGGGCGUGUUCAGUGGCAAGACACGGUGUGUACCAUCUGGCAGAACACACAUUCCAAAUAGUCACGGCAUCGGGUGCCAUCCCACUUACACAACUGAUGUUUCAGACCUGGCGAGGCCACCUACACAGCGCUACAACAGAAGUACCAGUGCUGAGCACUGGGCCUUGAGAUGCGUGACUUGCAUUUUGAUGUGAAUGUAACUUGCUGGUCUGACUGGUCUUCACUCCCAGAGUGCCCAUAAGGUAGAAAAGGUACAGCAAUGGUUCCCCAGUCUGGGAUAAAAGCUCAGGGCAGGCCCAGCAUUUGUCAGUGCACUGAAGGCUACAAGCAGGCACUAAAUCUGCCUAGGAGACCAAAGAAAACCAUGCCACACAACUCCCCCCUUCCUAUUUUACUCAGAAAUGUCAUUAGAAAAGCUUCUACGUACAAAUCGUAGCAGAAGACAUCCUGUGGGUCUUUUGGGGGUUUUAUAAUUUCCACUGUUAGCUCAUAUGACAGA